GGAAACAAGGAAGAUUUUUGCCAUGGAUUUUUUGAUGUCCAUGGUCAAUGGAACAACGGUUUCUUCUGUCCGAUCUGGUCAGCGAAUGUCAACCAAGUGUACUGCUGCGGAGAAGAGAAUGACCGCUAUUGCUGUAAACCAGGAGAUCAAAGCUCAGUUCCCGGACUAACCACUUACAAUCCUUCAGACAAACCGGCAGCGAACACCGAGUCUUCAAAUCAAAGAGAACUGACCAAGCUUCCAGCCUCUCCAGCCAAUAACUGCAUUUUCGAUUGUGGCAUUUCUAACAUAGCAGCAUUGACCAUUAGCGUAACUGUUCUGUUGUCGUUGGUGAUGUUGGUCCUUUGCUGGGUCUGUCCGCGCUACAUGAAGUACAGAAACCGCAAGAAGGCCGUACAGAAAGUCACAGACAGCCUUGGAUUCCCCCGGACACUUGUGGCUAACACUAGCGGCAUGACAUUAAUCUACCAAUUACAGCCAAUGACCUCGUCAAUGGUUGGUCAAGUUGACCUCCACCAGCCAAUUAUGAUGGACGCUAACCAGAAUUUCGGACGAAGUCAAAUAUUUCCAGAAAGCGAACCCUCAGCUUAUCAAAUUGGUGACGUGGACGAUAACUUCAGGCAAAAGAAAUGGAAAUUUGGUAUGAAGAAAAACAGUAAAGUUCCAUCCGAGGUCCUGACCAACUUUAGCAUCAUGCCAGCAUUGUGCAGCAAGGAACAAAGUAAUUUCUUCGGUAUUCAGCGUCCUCUCACCUCGAGUACGUCGCGAACUCCACUUCUUCAGUCGGGCUCUCUGAGAGGAUCGACCUGCAGUACUUUCCUGGAACUGCAAGACAAGGAUUCUGACACUUACUCAAUCUGAGAAUGCCAGAAACCAAAAAGCAUGUUUGAUGAUGAACUCCGACUAAACGCCCUCCCCUUCCCCACCUCCGCUGCCUUCCUUAAUAGUUUGGAAGACACAGUGAAACGUCUACACUGAUGCACAGCAAAGACAGAGAAAUACAACGCACAUAUAAAAUAUAUGAGUAACCACACAUUACAAAAAAAAAAUCUUUUUGUGUCUUCCAGUUUUUUUAAUUUUUAAAAUAAUAUUUUACUUCAAUGUUUGACAUAUACAUUCAUAUACAUAAAUAUAUAUAUAUUAAAAAAAAACAAACCCAGAAAAUACAGUUUUGAAAAUCCCAACAAACUCAUAAACGGAUGUAAAAAUAGAAUUGAAAAAAAAAAAAGUCAGUUCAGAAUUCCGGGACAUAGUUUACGGAUGAGUAAAAUCUGUUUCGAACUUGAAUUUUUACUGUAAAAUAUACGAGAAGGGGACGUAUAUGCUCCUUACUCUUCUGAUUUUUAAAAAAAUUUGUCGUGUUUACAAUGAGUUACAAGUUUUUUUGCUCUAACAUGAAAUAUAUGCAUGAUCCAAUUUUUGAAAAAAAAAAGAAAGAAAAAAAGACUCAGGGAGAAACAUGACAAAAUUAUAUUUCAGACUUAAAAUACAAAAAAAAAAAAAUUAAAAUAAAA